AUGCUGAGUUCCCGCCAGGUCCCCAGUCCAGAGGUGGGCCAGAUGCUGAGUUCCCGCCAGGUCCCCAGUCCAGAGGUGGGCCCCCGCCAGGUCCCCAGUCCAGAGGUGGGCCAGAUGCUGAGUUCCCGCCAGGUCCCCGGUCCAGAGGUGGGCCAGAUGCUGAGUUCCCGCCAGGUCCCCAGUCCAGAGGUGGGCCAGAUGCUGAGUUCCCGCCAGGUCCCCAGUCCAGAGGUGGGCCAGAUGCUGAGUUCCCGCCAGGUCCCCAGUCCAGAGGUGGGCCAGAUGCUGAGUUCCCGCCAGGUCCCCAGUCCAGAGGUGGGCCAGAUGCUGAGUUCCCGCCAGGUCCCCAGUCCAGAGGUGGGCCAGAUGCUGAGUUCCCGCCAGGUCCCCAGUCCAGAGGUGGGCCAGAUGCUGAGUUCCCGCCAGGUCCCCAGUCCAGAGGUGGGCCAGAUGCUGAGUUCCCGCCAGGUCCCCGGUCCAGAGGUGGGCCAGAUGCUGAGUUCCCGCCAGGUCCCCGGUCCAGAGGUGGGCCAGAUGCUGAGUUCCCGCCAGGUCCCCAGUCCAGAGGUGGGCCAGAUGCUGAGUUCCCGCCAGGUCCCCGGUCCAGAGGUGGGCCAGAUGCUGAGUUCCCGCCAGGUCCCCGGUCCAGAGGUGGGCCAGAUGCUGAGUUCCCGCCAGGUCCCCGGUCCAGAGGUGGGCCAGAUGCUGAGUUCCCACCUAGGUCCCCGGUCCAGAGGUGGGCCAGAUGCUGAGUUCCCGCCAGGUCCCCAGUCCAGAGGUGGGCCAGAUGCUGAGUUCCCGCCAGGUCCCCAGUCCAGAGCUGUCACGGUCGGCUGA